AUGCCUUUAUACCGUCUUGAUGCUUCAUUUAAUUCAUUGGCAAUCACUUCAAAAUCAUCAGUACCAACAAAAGCAACAACAAUAACAACAGCUACUUAUCAUCGCUUGCUAGAUGUUGAUUCUCAUCGUUUAUCUAUAGGUAAUGCAGCCAACAUAAAUGUGACUGGUGUCAGUAAUCAUCAGCGUCGUACAUCGAUUGUCAAUCAUCAUCAACGUCGAAAUUCUCAAUUACGCAAAGCAAGUUUUACUACUUCAACAUUGGUAUGUGCACAGUAUAUAAUAAUUCUUCUUGUCGAGUAUUGA